AUGGCCGAGUAUUCCCUGACUAGAUCUAGAUCAUCUGCGAUUAUUCGGUCCGUGUCACUGCCACCUUCACCAGGCCCGGUACAUUUAAAUCUCACUUCGAAUAACGGAUUGUUUAGUUGACAAGGACAUAUUCGUCACCCUCCCUCACAUUACAGAAGCCAUAUCAUUUAGUAUAUUACACAUUCUCCAACCCAUGCCACACUUAUUCCAAAGACUAUACGACGGUAAACAAAUUUGAAUUAUUUUUGUUCGAUUACAACUGAUCUAAAGAGUAAUAUCUUAGGAAUUGGACUAUUGGUAUGACCGUUAUCGGUUUUCCCAGCCAUAUUACAGUAGUUAUUACCCUAGGCGCUACUUUAACAGUGAUUAUGUACUCCCUCGGACACACUUUUACAACCCUGUUUACUCUCGGCGUCAUCUCCGAUAUCUUCAUGAUUACGGAACUCCCUUUUACCUCAGCCAUUUCAAUGAUUCGGCACACAAACCCUACAUUAGACAAAGCUUCUACUCGCCUUAUCGAUCUCGAUUAUAUGAUGGUAAGUCAAGAAUUAUAAAACGAUAACGGAGUCACUACAUUGUAGUCGUAUAUUUAUUAUGCAAUAAUUGUUUAUCAAAUUUUAGCAGCCUACUUUUGA